CAGAGUUAAUCAUUCCCACAAGGCCCUGACCUCGCCUGCCCGGCCGCACUGUUACCGCUGCCCUUACGCCAGCCCAGGAGGAGCCAUGGGGCGCUGGGCCUGGGUCCCCAGCCCCUGCCCUUCGCCCAAGCUGUGUCCCCUCCUCCUGCUGAUGCUGCUGCUGCCUCAUGGGGUCCAUCCCCAGGCCAGCGGGAACCACACGGACCCCCCAGAACCUAAUGCCUCAGUGACCCCCGGUAUCCCCAUGAUCCCAGUGACUUCCAUGAGUUCUGAGACCCCAGCACCAAGUGCUCCAGAGGCAGAGGGACCCCAAGGUGGCAGGCUCCCGUUCCCACACAGGGCAGCUCCCUUGAACAGCAGUCUCCAGGGCCAAGUGCUCACCGAGGAUGGCCAGCCCUGCAGGCUCCCCUUCCGCUAUGGGGGACGCAUGUUCCACUCCUGCACUUUGGAGGGCAGUGCCCACAGGAAGUGGUGUGCCACGACUCACAACUAUGACCGGGACAGAGCCUGGGGCUACUGCGCAGAGGCUGCCCCACUUGCAGAAGACCCUGCAGCUGCCCUUGACCCCUGUGCCUCCAGCCCCUGCCUCAAUGGGGGCUCCUGCUCCAACACCCAGGCUCCCGUGUCCUACCAUUGCAGCUGCCUUGGGGCUUUCAUGGGCAAGGACUGCGGAACAGAGAAGUGCUUUGACGAGACACGUUACGAAUACCUGGAGGUGGGCGACCGCUGGGCCCGCGUGCACCAGGGCCGCGUGGAGCAGUGCGAGUGCUCAGGGGGCCAGGCCCAGUGCGAAGGCACCCGCCACACAGCUUGCCUGAGCAGCCCCUGCCUAAACGGGGGUACCUGCCACCUCAUCGUGGCCACCGGGACCAUGGUCUGUGCCUGCCCACCAGGCUUUGCCGGGCGGCUCUGCAACAUUGUGCCCACUGAGCGCUGCUUCUUGGGAAAUGGCACCGAGUACCGUGGCGUGGCUGCCACCUCAGCCUCAGGCCUCGGCUGCCUGGCCUGGAACUCCGACCUGCUCUACCAGGAGCUGCACGUGGACUCAGUGGGCACUGCGGCCCUGCUCGGCCUGGGCCCCCACGCCUUUUGCCGGAACCCGGACAAGGACGAGAAGCCCUGGUGCUACGUGGUGAAGGACAAUGCGCUGUCCUGGGAGUACUGCCGCCUGGCGGCCUGUGAAUCCCUGGCCAGAAUCCAGCCGAGGCUCCCCGAGGUCUUGGUGGCCCUGCCUGAGCCGGCUCCAGCUGGACGCCGGACCUGCGGCAAGAGGCACAAGAAGAGGACUUUCCUGCGGCCACGCAUCAUCGGCGGCUCGUCCUCCCUGCCUGGCUCCCACCCCUGGCUGGCCGCCAUCUACAUCGGCGACAGCUUCUGCGCUGGGAGUCUCAUCCACACCUGCUGGGUGGUAUCCGCCGCCCACUGCUUCUCUAGCAGCCCACGAGGCUACCUGUUCAGGCCUUCUAGGGCCACCUCUGCAACGCUCGGCCGCAGGCCAGUGGGUACCUGGGCCAGGGGUGGGGGAGAGAUGACCUCAGUGGCCAAAGGAGAGCCGAGUCCGUGUGGCCACCAGCCUCCCUUGCACAGCCCCCCUAAGGAAAGAGUCCUGGUGGUGCUGGGCCAGCAUUUCUUCAACCGCACAAUGGACGUGACGCAGACAUUUGGCAUUGAGAAGUACAUCCCGUACCCCCUGUACUCAGUGUUCAACCCCAGUGACCACGACCUCGUCCUGAUCCGGCUGAAGAAGAAGGGGGACCGCUGUGCUGUCCGCUCCCAAUUCAUCCAGCCCAUCUGCCUGCCUGAGCCCGGCAGCACCUUCCCCACUGGACACAAGUGCCAGAUUGCAGGCUGGGGCCACAUGGAUGAGAAUGUGAGCAGCUAUUCCAGCUCCCUGCGGGAGGCACUGGUCCCCCUCGUUGCUGACCACAAGUGCAGCAGCCCCGAAGUGUACGGUGCGGACUUCAGCCCCAACAUGCUCUGUGCCGGCUAUUUUGACUGCAAGUCCGAUGCCUGCCAGGGGGACUCUGGGGGGCCCCUGGCCUGCGAGAAGGAUGGUGUGGCUUACCUGUACGGCAUCAUCAGCUGGGGUGAUGGCUGUGGGCGGCUCAACAAGCCUGGCGUCUACACCCGAGUGGCCAACUAUGUGGACUGGCUCAACGACCGGAUGCGGCCUCCCCGGCGGCCUACGACUCCCUCCUGAGAGCCCAGAGGGGCACCUUCUCUGCUCCCCAUCCUGGCCCCGCUGACAAUAAAGAUGUUUUGGAGGACCCAGCCCACGUGUCCAGGCCCUGCCUCUGCCUGGCCUUCCUUCCAGGCCAGGGCCUUGGCGGGGACCUGGACCCAGCAUAGCUCCUCUGUGGAGAUGGUAACCUGUCACCCCACAGGGAGGGCCUGGAUCCACACCCAUAGCCCAGGGAGUCCCCAGGGCCCAAGCAGUGUCCAACCCACAUCCCCUCCUAGGCCUGCCCCCAGCAGGUAUGUGGCGAGAGUCCAGGCACCUGGGUUGUCCCACGGCAGGAAAUGGAACCCAAGUAUAGGCCACCAGGUCCUGGACAGUGGUCCGAGCCAAGGGGUGUACAGAAUAUCACAGCUCAAUAAAGACAGGCCAUAUGGCCUGCGGCUAUAUUUGGCUUUCAAGAUGGUAGCCUGUGACCAGCAGUUCUCCUGCACUGUGCCUUCCAGAAAAAGGGGACUGGAGGCUGCCUAAGCCAGGGAAGGGGUGUCCACAGGCAGUUAGUGAGUUGCUGCUGGUGCUGACUAUCCCCCCGCCCUGGUUCUUUUGAAUGGAUGGGAGAAGGUAGGGCCAGUGACUGGAUUGGGCAGUCAGGGCUCAGGGCUGGCAUCUUGAGGACUACAGGUUCCCCUCUUGUGCUGCCCCUCCUCCCCUCCAUGCUCUGUGACCAGAAGGCUUUCCUGGAGGCCUGGCCCCGUGGGAUCCCCUCCUGGCAGUGUUCUAUGGUCAGGCAUGCAUAUAAGCUCUGCAUGCAGACACCUCGCCCUCAGUCACUGCUGCUCAGGACAGGGUUGGGAAACCUGACUUGUGCUGCGUAAACUUGUGGCAGGGAGUUCGGCUGCUGGCUGACAUGGACCUGUGGGUCUCAGCUCCCUGACAGAGGUCACAGGGCCACACCUGGCUGCAAAGGAGGCUGAAAUGCAGGGAACAGGAUUGUCGCAGUGGGGCUGGGAGUCCACAGCCCGAGGCAGAGCCGAGUUCUGAGCAAAGGAGGACGAGACAGGCACUGGGAGGCCCUUCUCCCCACUGUCCCAAUGGCUGUGUGGGCCUCAGAGCCCUAAGACUCAACAGUGCCCCCACCGCUGAAGACCCACGCCCCUGACACUAGGUGGUCAUAGCCCCAGGCAGCAACUGGGGCAGAUGCUGGUGCCAGUGCCCCAAAGCCAUGAACAGAAGGGCAGCCGUCCUCAUGAACGUGGGGCCUCCACAGCU